AUGUGUUAUAAUAACGAAGGUGAUCCUGUAUCCUUCGUAUUCUCUGAAGAUAUUACUACUAUUCCAUUAGAACAAGCCCGGAUGUCAUUGUAUCUAGAUGAUUUAAAAAGAACCGAUCUUCCAACCAGAUUUCUUGAAGAAGUGCAUGGUGAAACCUGGAAAGAUCAGGUCACAUAUAUUGGAGACAAGAUGCGUCAAAAUCGUCUUGACCAGAUCUCCCUUCUUCAGUAUUAUUAUCUUUUGGGUGAACGGUUAGAAGCUCAAUUUUGGAGUUCAGCUGCCAAAAAGUUUAUCCAAAUUAAUUUUUUUGUCAGCACUUAUCGUUAUACAUAG